AUGACGUCCUCCCUCCAGAUGUGCAUCGCCAGCAAUUCAGGCAGUUUCAAUAUCAGGAGGCUGAAAGGCCCCGAGAGGUCUGCAGCCAACUCCAUCAUCUUUGCAGUGCAGGAGAGAAUGGCGCAGGAGCGUUACCACGGAGCAAUCUUUCCAGGUGAGGCCAUAAAACCUAUGAUGGAGAAUCAUGAUGGAGAAAAAGUGGCUUCUCUGCAGCCAGAUCGGAAGGACUUCUGCUUCUCCAACCUGAUUCCAUAUCCCCAGUGGAAGAAGCAGGAGAUCCACUUGUCCAAGACGCAGAAGAACCAGAGGGAUCAGCAGUGCUUGCAGUGUGGAAAGGGCUUUGCUUCGAGUUCAAGUCUUACUGUCCAUCAACGUAUCCACACUGGGGAGAAACCUUAUAAAUGCUUGCAGUGUGGAAAGAGCUUUGCUACUUGUUCAAACCUUACUGCCCAUCAGCGUAUCCACACUGGGGAGAAACCUUAUAAAUGCUUGCAGUGCAGAAAGGCCUUUGCUACGAAAUCAGAGCUUACUGUCCAUCAACGUAUCCACACUGGGGAGAAACCUUAUAAAUGCUUGCAGUGUGGAAAGAGCUUUGCUACGUGUUCAAACCUUACCUCCCACCAGCGUAUCCACACUGGGGAGAAACCUUAUAAAUGCUUGCAAUGUGGAACGAGCUUUGCGCUCAGUUCAAACCUUACCACCCACCAGCAUAUCCACACUGGGGAGAAACCUUUUAAAUGCUUGCAGUGUGGAAAGAGCUUUGCUGUCAGUUCAAGCCUUACUAUCCAUCAGCGUAUCCACACUGGGGAGAAACCUUUUAAAUGCUUGCAGUGUGGAAAGAGCUUUGCUGUCAGUUCAAAUCUUACUAUCCACCAGCGUAUCCACACUGGGGAGAAACCUUAUAAAUGCUUGCAGUGUGGACAGAGCUUUUCUCAGCAUUCAGGCCUUACUAUCCAUCGGCGUAUCCACACUGGGGAGAAACCUUUUAAAUGCUUGCAGUGUGGAAAGAGCUUUGCUGUCAGUUCAAGUCUUACUAUCCAUCGGCGUAUCCACACUGGAGAGAAACCUUAUAAAUGCUUGCAGUGUGGAAAGGGCUUUGCUGCCUGUAAAGUCCUUACUAUCCAUCAGCGUAUCCACACUGGGGAGAAACCUUAUAAAUGCUUGCAGUGUGGAAAGAGCUUUGCUGUCAGUUCAAGUCUUACUAUCCACCAGCAUACCCACACUGGGGAGAAACCUUAUAAAUGCUUGCAGUGUGGAAAGAGCUUUGCUGUCAGUUCAAGUCUUACUAUCCAUCAGCAUAUCCACACUGGGGAGAAACCUUAUAAAUGCUUGCAGUGUGAAAAGAGCUUUGCUUUCAGUUCAAGUCUUACUAUCCAUCGGCGUAUCCACACUGGGGAGAAACCUUAUAAAUGCUUGCAGUGUGGAAAGAGCUUUGCUCAGAGUUCACACCUUACUAGCCAUAGACUAAUACACACUUGA